AUGUCUUUGGAACUCGAAGAUACACCAUCAAAUACACCAGUACACUGGAAAGAGACCGCGAAAGGUCUGGCAGCUGGAGCGGCCGGGGGCGCUGCGCAGGUGCUUAUCGGAACCCUGGUCCCCUUGUUAGGGGUCAGCAUCCAAUUCGGCGCAUUCCACAGCUUCCGCCAGCUCAUCCAACACUACAAUCAAACCCACAAACCUACGGGAAGGCUGUAUUCUGGACCUUGGGAUUGCGUGCGGAAGAUUGUCCGGACCGCUGGUUUAUCUGGGUUAUAUCGCGGACAGGUUGUUACCCUGCUGCGAGAGUUCCAUUGCUACGGGGUGUGGUUUGCGGCGUAUGAGGGGCUCCUGGGUGUCUUGCAGGAGAGGGAGCAGAGGACGUAUGCACAGCUCAGCAGUUGGCAGUUUGUGGUAUGUGGGGGGUUAGCUGGGGAGACGUUGUGGCUGUUGAGCCAGCCUCUGGAUGUCAUUAAGAGUAAGAUGCAGAGUGAUGGCUUUGGGCCGGAGUAUACGUUUCAGGCUACUUCGGAGGAUGCCGGUGUGCGAGAUCUCUUCCAGGCUCUUGGAUCAGCCUUGCUGAGAGCGAUGCCUGUGUCUGCUGGGACCUUUGCGACGGUUGAGGUAGUGCGCAAGUUCCUGAGCUAG